AUGACAUCAGAAACUUCCAUGCGAUUAAGCACUUCCACCACUCGUACCUAUAAAGAUGCUAUCAAUGCCUUGAAUACCCUUCAAUCAAAUUUUGCGUCCAUUGAAGCAAUCAAAAAAUUAGGGCCAAAUGUGAAUAAAAACCAGUUAUCUAUUAACGAAGUAUAUGAAUACACAAGAAGAUUGGGAUACCAACCGAAGGACUUUAACAAGUUGAAUUUGAUUCACGUUACCGGUACCAAGGGAAAGGGAUCUACCUGUGCUUUCACCGAAUCCAUAUUAGAACAAUAUAGACUUAAAAACGGAGGAGGAAUCAGUAAGAUUGGUCUCUUCACUUCUCCACAUUUGAAGACUGUCAGAGAAAGAGUCAGGAUCAAUGGAAGACCAAUUGAUGAAAACAAAUUUGCCAAGUACUUCUUUGAAGUCUGGGACAAGCUUUCUACCACUGAGUCUGAUGUGGAAAAGUUCCCCACGUUGCAGCCUUCAGAUACAGUGAAGCCAAUGUACUUCAAGUAUUUAACAAUUUUGAGUUUCCACGUAUUCAUGUCUGAAGGCGUGGAUACAGCUAUCUAUGAAGUUGGUGUUGGAGGAACUUACGACAGUACCAACAUUAUUGACCAGCCAACAGUGUGUGGGAUCACCAGUUUAGGUAUUGAUCAUACUUUCAUGUUGGGAACCACAAUUGAGUCCAUUGCUCAUAAUAAAACAGGGAUUUUUAAGAAAGGCUCACCUGCUUAUGUAAGUGAGCAGUUGGAAUACCCAGAGUCCCUUAAGGUUAUUGAAGAAAGAGCUAAAGAGUUGGGUGUAUCCAAGUUGGAAGUUGUCUCUGCACUGGAGAUACCCAAGGACAUUAAGCUAGGUUUAGCUGGAGAUUUUCAAAAGUUGAAUGCAGUCUUGGCUGUUCAACUUGCAAGGGAACAUUUAACAAAAUUAAACGUUUUACCCCCAAUUGAGGCGGGCGAACUGUUCACUUUGACCCCAGAAUUCAUCAAGGGUCUUGAAGUUGCCAAAUGGGAAGGUAGAUGCCAGAUUAUCAAAGAUAAGCCAACGUUUGAAAAUAUAACUUGGUAUAUUGACGGGGCUCAUACGUUGGAAUCAGUGAACGUAGCAUCAAGUUGGUUUAGAAAGGAAUUGACUAACAAGGCUCCAACUUCCACCAAAAGAGUUCUUUUGUUCAACCAACAAAGUCGUGAAAAUGCUACUGCAUUGUUAGCAAAACUCUAUGAAAAUGUUGUCACCGAUUCAUUUGCAUUUGAUCAUGUUAUUUUCACCACCAAUGUCACUUGGUCAUCUGGUAAAUAUAACAGUGAUUUGGUUUCUCUCAAUACAUCCAAAGAACAGGUUGAUAAGUUGAUAAUCCAGAAGGAGUUGGCCGAAGCUUGGAAUGAGCUUGAUUCCUCCGCGACUAAGAAAUCUAGAAAGCACAUCUUCGCCGACAUUGAAACUGGUGUGAACUUUAUCAAGAGUUUAAGCGAGGACAAGGUUGAGGUUUUUGUUUGCGGUUCUUUGCACUUGGUUGGAGGGCUAUUAGUAGUCUUGGACAAUGAUACAGAGUAA